AUGGACGGUAAACAUGGUGACAAACAACGGAGCUCGGUGCCACGGCCCCACAAGAACGCCAUGCCCGCUAUCUGGCAAAAUAAAUACACACACCGAGACGAAAAUAAAGAACGGACAGACACUAUGCACGUGAAAAGCAGUGCACGGAUAAUGGGGGAGACCGCGGUGCCUGCCCUUCCGGCAGGAAGCUGCCCCUCUGACAUUUGUACAAACUACGGGACCGUCUCCUCUAGGUCCUCAUCCAUUUCUACUCUGCUUGUAAAAGAGAAGGUGAACCGGCAAAUUAACAGCUGGACUGGAGUUUUUGCAUUUGAUAACAGAGUAGAAUUUUGCUUUCACCUUUCAGGAGAAUGGAAAACCCUUUAUGUCGCAUCCAAUAACCCAGAGAAGACCAGUGAGAAUGGGCCAUUCAAGGUUUAUAUGCGUCAUAUUCAUCUUGAUGGAAGUAAAAAUAAAAUCAAAAUUAUUCCUAUCUCUGAAAAUGCUCUGAGAAUGUAUAAUGUCAACAUGGAUGAACUAGCCAAGGCUACAAAAUUUACUGGACUGAUUGGCAGAGAAAGUAACAUGAAAGAGGAAGACUUUGAGAAGUUCAAGCAGAUGACAAGAGAAGAGGGGAUUCCAGAAGAAAAUACCGUGAAUGUCAGGGAAGCUGGUAACAGAAUUAUACUUUUUCCUGAAUGUAUCAUUCACCUGGCUGAAAUCUGUCCCCUCCAAAUUCACGUGUUGAAGUCCGAGCCCCCAGGACCUCAGAAUGUGACAGUAUUUGGAGAUGAGGUCUUCAAAGACGGGAUGAAGAUGACGCGUAAACAACCGUUUACUCCUAAGCGGAAACCACCAAUGCCCGGAGAAGACGGAAAGCCCCACCAGGUGGGAGAACUUACCUGCACGCCGCCCACCGGCUCGGGGACCCCAGGUGGUUGCAAUCAGAAGGCUGACGACGCGGACGCCUGCUCCCCCACCAGCCAAGCCGAAAAAGGUCCACGAGCUGAUCUCGCACCCGAAACCCUCUCCGUCACCCCGGUUUGA